AAGGUUGACGUGUUGUUGACAUAUCCCUGUUUUCCACGAUCUCAAAUCACAACGCGUUCGCUAAUAUUUUAUAUUUAAGUGCUUAACCGCUUAUUCCUUCUGUGCCACGUGCCGCUCACUCAAAAAUCGUCAAAAGAAGAUAACUUCGUAGUUGUAUCGUUAUUCAUUUUAAAUAUAUUACAAAACACUCCUAAACCGGCGGGCCGCACCUCGCACAAUGCAUUUUAAUCUUUUAGGUAUAUUAUUAUUUUGUGCAGUUGGAUCUUAUGGCUUAUAUGAUUCUUCUUCCGACGUUGUUGAAUUAACACCAAGCAAUUUUGAUAAAUUAGUAAUAAAUUCUGAUGAAGUAUGGAUUAUAGAAUUCUUUGCACCCUGGUGUGGGCAUUGCAAAAACCUGGUUCCUGAAUAUAAGAAGGCAGCUCGAGCACUGAAGGGUAUAGUUAAAGUAGGGGCUGUCAAUGCAGAUGAACAUAAGAGUUUAUCCCAAAAAUAUGGUGUGACUGGAUUCCCUACAAUCAAAAUAUUCACAGGCAGUAAAAACACACCAUAUCAAGGACAAAGAAAUGCAGAAUCAUUUGUAGACGCUGCUCUCAAAGCUGCCAAAGAAAAAGCAUAUGACAACCUUGGAAAGAAGUCUGGAGGAUCAUCUUCAGAUAAGUCUGACGUUAUCACAUUGACGGACAGCAACUUCAAGGAGCUGGUGCUGGACAGCGAUGAUCUCUGGUUGGUGGAGUUCUAUGCGCCCUGGUGCGGCCACUGCAAAAACCUAGAGCCACAUUGGGCCAAAGCUGCCACUGAGCUGAAAGGCAAGGUGAAAGUGGGCGCUCUCGAUGCCACAGUUCACACGUCGAUGGCGUCCCGGUACCAGGUGCAGGGGUACCCCACCAUAAAGCUGUUCCCGGCGGGCCGCAAGGGCGCCGACUCGGUGGAGGACUACAACGGCGGCCGCACCUCCAGCGACAUCGUCACGUGGGCCCUCGAAAAGCUCGCUGAAAACGUGCCUCCGCCGGAAAUCAUUCAGGUGGUGGACGAGGAUAGUAUGAAGGCGUGUGCGGAGAAGCCUCUGUGCGUGGUGUCCGUGUUGCCGCACAUACUGGACUGCGACGCCGCCUGCCGCAACCAGUACGUGGCCGUGCUGCAGCGCCUCGGGGACAAGUACAAGAGCAAGAUGUGGGGGUGGGUGUGGGCUGAGGCGGGCGCGCAGCCGCAGCUGGAGGAGGCGCUGGAGCUGGGCGGGUUCGGGUACCCCGCGAUGGCGGUCGUCAACGCCAAGAAGCUCAAGUUCUCCACACUACGCGGCUCCUUCUCCGAGACUGGCAUCAACGAGUUCCUCAGAGAUCUGUCGUUCGGUCGCGGUCAGACGGCCCCAGUGAAGGGUGCUCAAAUGCCGGCCAUCGUCAAAACCGAACCUUGGGACGGCAAGGACGGGGAACUCCCGCCCGAAGAAGAUAUCGAUCUAUCUGACGUCGAUCUCGAGAAGGACGAGCUGUGAGCGCCCGUUGCGCUGUUCCAAGGCUGAUGAUAGAAUGAAUCAACCGGUUUUACGGAUAUUCCUGUGGCCAUUGGCGUAGCUGUGGAUUUUUCCUAGGGGGGGCAUGGCCGCAGCCAUUUUCAUUAUCUUGUCAAUAAUUAUUUUAUGUAUGAAGGAGGAUAUUCUUCUAGAGUGGGCCUACAGCUUUCUAGGGUCUCCCCCCCUACCCCCCUAACUACGCCUAUGUCCGUGGCUGAUUUGUGCUGUCAUAUUUAUAUUUUCAGUGAUUUUCAAGUCUUACGCAAUAAAGUUUUGAAAUCGCCUAAAUGCGAGAUAUAGUUUAAUAAAAAACAAGGGCAAUUAUUGCAUAAGUUUUUACGUAUAUGCAUUUAUAAAGAAUAUUCCGUGCUCCAGUGUUGAUUCUAGUAAUAGUCCUUAUAGGAUUUUAAAUAUAGGGAUUAUUUUUAUAUGACUUAUUUAUUUAUAGUAUCACACAAAUUUCAUAAUAAUGGCAGAUUUUUUGAGUUAAAUGAAAAAGGCACUUUAACUUAAUAAAUUAACUUACGUUCGAUCAGUGAAUUUAUAGUAUUAAUAUAAGCCUUUUAAAGUAUCACAGGUAUUUUUUGUAAUCUAAUUAUUUCAUGUUCCAUUGAAGUACUGAUAGCAUUUUUAUAUAGAUACAUUUUAUAUUUAUUUAAAUUAAUGCUGUGAAAUAUCAUUACUUAACAAAAUAAAUUUU